AUGCAGUUUAUCACUGUUAUCCUUGCCACCCUGGCCGCUGUAGCUACUGCUACUUCUUCCCCCGAUGCCUUUGAGAAGCGCACCUGUGUCGGCAACUACAAGGUUGCCUGUGAAAAUGGCGGUAUUCCUUGCUGUGGUGGUUGGCAAUGUGUUGGCGCUACUGAGUGGAAUGCCGGUGUUUGCAUCCCCAACUACUAG